AUGGCAGAUGUAAGGACCACCUCAAUUUUCUCCUCGUGACUUUUUGCUCACGUGUAUUAUAGUCACCCUCUUCAAGCAGUGCAAGACCCGUUCUCAGCGACACUGUUGCUCCAGGAUAUGUCGACAAUGCCAGUUUACCUGAGUUUCCCGCUCCCCCUGCCACCAAUAUCCAAGACGAGAGAACACCUGAGCUCCCAAUGGAUGCGACGGAUAAGGAAAAAUCCCGGAAUCAGAUAGUAGUUAUUCUCCAGGCCUGUAUAUUAGCGAAGGAUGGGUAUUGACAGGCAUAGAUUAUACCGAAUCUCCCGAUCCCUCUAGGCACCCCAAUAGUCUCGAUAGCAUUGAAGAUGACGGUGACUAACUUUUAGACAAGUAUCAUGAAUACGAGAUUCCAGACAAUCCAGAACAGUCGAUGUUCCACAGACAAUCAAACAAUAAAAACUCCACGUCUCAAUUCCAGUGUACCACCUGUUGCGAGCAAGAACAGGAUGUUCAACAAACGGCCGUUCUUUUGUACGGUUGCGUAUAUUGUAGCUCUUAUAUCAAAGCUCGUUUUACUAUCGCCAUACACGCUGAGUACUUGUUGCGCUAAUACGGAUUGUUUGGCUUUCAUUGUUAAGGAGAGUUAUCCAAGUAAAGAAAGCCCUUUGUACCAAAUCACCGUGAGAUACAGUGACGUGUGUAAAGUGCAAGGGCAAAUGACACGAGGGAGAUUAUCCCGCUAAUGAAGCUCUUGAGUUGGUGCUUGCGGAAGCUGAGAAGUAUUCGUGGAAGCGCUGUGCCAAAUGCGGUGCUUUGGUUGAACAUUUAGAGGGGUGUCUCACAUGAGGUAAGUAUUCUCCGUUCUAUCCUCACUCCCAUCGUUCCAAAAUAUACUGAUUCUUUAAAACCCAGAUGUUAAUGCGGUUACCAGUUCUGCUACUGCUGCAACGCCACAAGACGAGCUUGAUCACACACUCGGAAUCGCCCACCCAUAUGCAAACAACGAACAUCAUACGGGUAAUGAAUUUAUGAAUUCUUCUGCCUCGAAUGCUCCGCCAGCAAACAUGGAAGUAUUGAACGCUUUGCUCAUGAGUAAGUUCCUAGUGCGAAUAGACAUCAGCAAUCUAGCCCCUCUUCCAGUACAAGCGCACCACGUAUUAGUGAGCACAGUCGACCUACCAUUGCCACCUUAUUCCUUACUAUGUCUCAAACUGUCCAAUCCACGAAUAAUUCUACUCCAACCCACAAGAUGCAAAUCUAAUGUCCAACAACCCGUUUAA